CCCUGCAAUUCUCCAACAAUACCCACAAUCAGAAUCAGGGUCGAUCUCGAUCGUAUCCCAAACGCACUGGACCAUAUUUUACGAACUUCGAACCCGGAGAGUUAUGCUACUGCGAUAUCAGAUCUAGCUGGUCCUAAUCUGCUCAGGUGAUCAAUCGCAGUCGUCGUCAUAGAUAAAUAUGGCCUCGACCACGAGCCACAGCCCUUCGGCGCCUCCAUUCCGAGCGGCCAGAGCGCUCCCUCUGGCAUGUCGUGAGUGUCAACGCAAGAAGACCCGAUGCGAUCGCACAUAUCCAUGCACCCCAUGCACACGCGGAGGAAUCCCUUGUGUGCCUAGCACAAGGAAGCCACGAACCAAGGCUGGCGCCAAAGCGGUGGAUGCUGAGCUUCGUUCGAGGAUCGCGAAACUGGAGCGCUUGGUGGAAAGCUUUCAAGGAGAGGAGCCCAAUCCCACUUCCAGUAAUGGAUCAAUCUCUCCCAAGGACGCCGAGAGUUCAUCUGCCACUAGUCCAGCCUCGCCAAACACCACCAAAUACAUCGCUGGAACUUUCUGGCAUUCGUUGACGGCUGAACCGCAGCCGGCUAUGACGGAGGCUCUAUGGCAGGUUUUCCUCGAGCACGUUGAGCCGGUGUACAAAUUCCUCCACGUGCCGACACUCCGCGCAUUCAUGGAACGCGGCGAGCCGUUAUAUGGCCAGGAUGCGGAAUCCCUCUGCAACAAAGCGCUCAGAGCCGCGAUCUAUUUCGCCGCUGCGGUGGCGAUGACGGAGUCGGAAUGUCAAGUCUACUUCUCCAAACCACGAGAUCAAGUCGUUUCCCACUUCCGGAAGCACGUCGACCUCGCGCUCCACGCGGCGGACUCGUUGAACACAAACGAUCUUGCGACUCUACAGGCGAUGGGAUUGUACAUUACUUCGCUCCGAGUCAUCGACAGCAGCCGAAGGGCAUGGUCGCUGAUGGGCUUAUUGGUCCGCAUAGCCCGUGGAUCAUAUCUCCAUCGCGAGAUCCCGGGGGAAUCGAUCUACAUAGCCGAGCUUCGCCGUCGUCUGUGGCACAACCUUGUGUUCCUGGACUGCUACUCAUCCGUCGAUCGCGGUUCGGAGCCGGCCAUUCAUCCCGACUCAUUUUCGCGACUGCCGCCUACGCACUGCAACGAUUCCGACUUCGGCCCCGACUCGAUCGCUCUCAUCCCCCGCGAAGGAGAAGUGACGGACAUGACGGUCGCGCGCGUCUCGCAGGAGGGAUCGCCGCUGGUCCUCCGCCUGAGCUCGCCGGAGGAUGCCGUGAGCAGCGAGACGUGGCAGCAACGGUUGGAGUCCGCAUACAAUUACCAGCGGAGCAUUCAGACCAAGUACCUCCAAUACUGCGACCCGGCCGUUCCCCGGCAUCUCAUGAUCUUGGGCAUCGGCUACGCCGCCAGUCAUUCCAUCAUCCUCCGGGCCGUCCGACCGAUCCACUGCAGCCCCACGAGCAUCCCACCCCGCGUGGACAGUCCAUGGGUCCUGCAGCUGGCGGUCAACAUCCUCCGCCACUGCGACCGGGCCACGAACUGCGGCAAGCUCGAUGGAUGGCGGCUCAUGCCUUGGGUGCCAUGGCACGCCAUCGCCGUCGCGCUGGCGGGCCUCUGCUCGAUCCGAGGCACCCCGCUAGCGGACGAGGCGUGGGGAUUGGUCGACCGCUCGAUGGCGUACAACGCGGCCAUGGUCGCCGACAGCCGCAACGGCCUGCUGUGGAAGCCGCUCGAACGGCUCCGCCGGAAAGCCGCCGUGUUUCGGGACCAAUCGAGCAUGCCGACCGCGCCGCCUUCACAGCCGAACUUCCUCCCCGACAUCGACCCCGCCGCUCCCUCGAUCCCGGACGGGUCACAGCACCAACGACAACAACAACAACAACAACAAACAUUGCCGCCGGGCGACACCAUGGCGACCUACGACCUCGGCUUCGACGAGGAGAUCCUCCUCCCCGAUGCGGGAUUCGCGUUCUCCGCGGAGAUGCUGUCGAGCCUGCCGCCGGCGGACGCGAGUUGGUUCGAUUGGGAGAGCAUGGUGAAGGACAUGGACGACACGGGGAUGAACGGGAUGCAGAUGGUCUGA